UGCAAGUGGGCGAACGUACCACUUCCGUCGAAAUUGGUUGUAUUUGGUGUCCGCGCGCGCGUGUGUGUGUGCGUGUGUGAGGUUGUUUAUGAAUUUGCUUUAUUUCGUGAAUCUCUAAUACAUCGCUUCCGCAUGGGAAAACGCAAACCAGGGAAAGGAGGCACUUUUCAGCAAACACACAUUUUAAUACAGUUAAAACGCAAAAAGUAAUAAACAUACACGCGCGCGCAUUAGCAGCACCGAACUUUACGCAAACAAUGUAAGAGAAUGAAACGCACGCACGCACGCACAACGUGAAAGGUCAUACUGUUGGUGCGCAAGGCGUCUCAUUACCAUAAGCAACGUUCGUUGUGACAGGUGUCAACGCAGAACCGCGGAGCUUUUCAACGUGCUUUUAGCGAAGCACUCAGCAUGUACUUCUUUUUUGUUUUAGCCUCGCUGAUGGUGGCUAACCCAGCGUUAGCAUACCUAUCAGCGGGCAUGAAGGAUCAGUUUCUGUCAGACAUGCUGCUGCGCGAGCUGGUCGAUAGGAUGGGCAAGGAUUUAGCCGAGGCAGCCGACUCGUACAUCGAUCCGUCCGCGAUGGACGAGCUGCCCGCCAGCCGGCUCGCCCUGAUGGCACGCGUCACCAAGGAUCUCGAGUCGGAGCAGCUCGAUUACGAUGCGCUGCUCGAUGGCUCGAACCCGAACCCGUCACCCCGGGACCAGGAGUAUCUGCAGCACAGCUCGCUGUGGGGCCACCAGUACGUGUCGGGUGGGGCGGGCGAAGGACCAAACCGUCCCAAGCCGCAGGUGAAAACCGAUGCUAGCCUGCCGGCCUACUGCAAUCCGCCGAAUCCUUGCCCGGUCGGGUACACGGAAGAUCAGGGAUGUACGAUGGAUUUCGAGAAUACGGCCGCGUUCAGCCGCGAGUACCAGGCGGCCCAGGACUGUAUGUGCGAUGCCGAGCACAUGUUCAACUGUCCGGCGGCAGCGCAAAGCGAAAGCAACCCGCAGAUGGAUUCGGAUCUGGAAAACUUCAUUGCCCGCCAGUUCCACACGCAGGAGCACAAGAAUCUGGUCGCUAAAAAGUUCCACGUAAAGAAGAAUUACAACCCCUUCUUGCAAGGUGAAAAGCUUCCGGUUGCCGCCAAGAAAGGCUUCAACGUCAAUGUUUAAGCGACGACUGUUCACUGCAACACCGUACAACACACGCUCCAUAUCACGAUAACCGACCCAAAGCAAACAAGAAUGCGUCAGACAGCAGUAGCAGAUGAGAGUUUAAUCGUACGAUUAACUCUAACCCCCCAAUAACGGACAAACGGCAAUGGAAAACAAUUAUUCAUCGUUCAAUCCUAGACAGUAAGACAAUUGCGAAUUUCAACUUUCUUAUGUGAAAAAGGGCAGAAACCCUGCACUCAACCCAGGUAUUGCAUUCCUAUAGAUUGGUUUUACAUUUUUGAAACGAAUUUCUACAUUCGUGUGGGGAGCUAUCAGUAUCCACGCAUGAAAAUGAAAGCUGUAAGGCAAGCGCAUGGGCUAAAGAUGCUUAGACCACAAUGCUAUUGUAUAAAUAUUCUUCGUUGAAAAGUUUCAUUUAAAAAAAAACAGCAGCAUUUUUUCCACUUUGAGCCAAAAGUAGAUGGAUGUAGACGCAAAUGUUUAUUACUGUGUGUGUGUGCUAUAACUUCCAGAAGCCAGACAAAGCAAAAGUAGCACGUAAAGCUAUUUUGUAGACCACAUUUAAACACAUUCAUUCAUAACUGUUUCAUGAUGAUACGUUCAACAGCAGAUGCAACUGACAGAACGUUGGAAGAUUGUCCAGCUUUUCCCGAUUUUUUGUUUUCUUAUAAAAGAACCCAUUAUAAGAACGCUUAGCACAGAGCUUUCGAGAGAGCAACAAGACGAUACAACAUACAGAUUAAUACUAAAUAUUGAAUCAAAAUGAAAUAUCUUAAUACAUAGCCUAGCAAACGCAACCAAAAACAGGAUCAGUGUAGUUAAGCGCUAAGCGAUGUACCCGUUUUCAAUGCUAAUACUUUUGUACUAAAAACCUAUCCUCAAUGCUACUACCUACUACAGGCAGUGUAACAUGGAAUCUAACGAUUGCUAGAACGUAAGAGACCCCAAACAGACAAUGUGCAAUCUUUUUGUUUUGUUUAUUGGUCACUUUAACAUUAAUAUUGUUGAAUCAGGAAGCGUUCCACUUCCCGCAUAAAAUCUUGGUCAAUUUUAUCCGUCAACUUGUCCCAUGUGAGACCUGAGAAUCAUUUCAAGUGAAUCAAUUCAAUCAAAUUUUAUACAAGAAUUAGAAGAAAUUCAUCAUUUCAUUCUUGUUUCUUCCUAAGCAUCUGUAUUUGCUGAUCGGUAUAUUGUGCUGAUAAAUGUUACAAACUUGGAAUGAAUACUUUCACACGCCACCGACAGAUGCUAACCACGCUUAUUGAUUAACCUUUGUGUUGAUUAUCGUCUCAGCGAAGUAGCUUCUCACUCGUGUUUCCUUGCUGGCCAACAUAACAUCAAACACACGCCCAUCAACAUCGGGUUCGGUAGCGCGUUCCUCCCGUGGACGUCAGAGGCCAACAACAUCCGCUUCUGUUAUCGAAUGGCCGGGAGACGCUAAGAGCUUUUCGCUGAAUCUCAUUAACACGAAGGCCACAUCGAUAGGCAACGAACGCUUCUGUGAUGAGAUGGCAAUUCAAUGCUUGAUGCGUCGAUGUAAUCCCAUUUUCAUUCGAUCGUUUUGAUCGUUCCAUGUCGCUUAACUUCUUUUGUGCCAUUUUACCCGAGAGGGCAUCGUGCAGUGCCGUUCUCCGCCACAUUCACUUUAAAUCAAUGUUUUUGUGAAAUUUGAUGCUAUUCUAAGUAAUUGUAAUGCACAUGAUGACAUAGACUAAUUAUGAAUAGGGUAUUAUAGCAAGAAAACACUAGUGUAUCAAGUAGAGGAUAGAUUUGCUUGAUGAGAGAAGCAACAAAAACAACAGAUCAUGAACAGAGCAAUGACUUUUCUUUACCUUUGAAGCAGGAAAACGCUCAAGAUCCUGUUUUUUCUGUUUCCGGACCACCAUACCAUCAAAAAAAGACCCGGUCCUAAAGGGCAAAGAAAGUCAUCCAAAACUGAAAACAGAGAAAGAGAAACAAGAAUAUCGACUAGAAAUUUGACUAUAACUUCUUCGAAAACCGAUACCUUUAACAUCGAUAGGUAUGGUGUCCGUUUCUGCAAUAAACGAAAUAGCAGACGGAUUCAUGCUGAUAUAACAGCAACACACACACAUAAGAAAUAAUGAAUUCAGAUGACGAUUAACUUCGUUGCGCACACGAUCCAUGAUGCGGUUGACUGUAGUACCUAUUUCAUCGGUCUUACCAGCUCUCGACCGGGUGUCCUGAUGCGAGUGUUAGGAAUUUCCGCUUCAACACCAUCGAACGAUCGGAGGAAAAUUGGGUGGCAAAAGUAAAAAUCUCACCAAUUCCAUCAACAACGAUUGUCGCUUGUGCUGCGAACAGUUUUCCUUCGGUCGAGACAUUCCAGCACUCGCCCCAGAAGGAUGCUCAUGAAAUGGACACCAUCGUCAACCGUGCAGCACUAUUAUCGUAAUCGUUAUCUGAUAACUUUACACAUAAACAUUAAAACUCUAAAUAAACGCACAGUUUACACAAGAGAGAUGUACACGAACAAAACACGAUACAAGCAAGAAAAGAAAAAAACAAUACACAUACGAUACAGUAUUAAAAUGAAAUACACACAUUUAAUGCUAGGAUAGGCUGAAGAAAUCACACGAUAUGAUGCUGCAAGCAUUAACAUAAUAACUUCGUAAACAUACAUCAUAACACACACACACGCACACGGUAACAAUUACUGUUUAGCAUGUAAGCAUUAACAAACUGUGUAGAAUACACAGACACACAUUAGAUCUGUAUGGUAUAUAUUUGCAAUUACGUUAACCGUGGGACGUUUGUGUAGAAUGGAAACACAAACAGAGAAAAGAUGAUUAGAGAACAGAAUAUAUAUAUAUACAAAUAUAUAAUCUAAUUUUGUAUUUAUAUCUUAAUAAUAUUUAAACUAUAUACAUAUACACAUUGCAAACUCACCUUAUAUACAAAAGGUUCUGGCUAGAAGUCUAAACAGAGUGUGAAGGUGAGGGUCAGUGGAAAACGCGUAACGAGAUCAUCAAAUCGGAAGAGUGUGUAUGUACAUCUUCUCAGUACUUCGGUUCUUUUACAUAAAUAUGACAAUAUGAUUACAUAGUUACAAUAUACGAUGGAUGAAUGGCAAGACAGAAGCAGCUUUACGAACCUUUUAGUCACAAGAUUAUGAAGGCUCUUUUAAACGAUUCUCGGUAGAAGUUGAGUGAAGGACAGAUUGGAAAAGCAGGACACAGCUUAAAAGUAUGACGCCUAUAUAUUGCAUACCACCUUGCUUUUAGAUUUUAAACCAUUCAUUCGGUUGGGAAUUGCACCAGUUCCUCUACUGCUACUGCGGCGGUAGAGUUAGUUCUUCUGAGGAUAGGCAUAUCCUCCGUACCUUACUUACUUAACAUACCAAACCAAACAAGAGCAACGGUUUUUUGCGAUGGUGCAUGCUUCUUGUGUGUCGAGAAAGCGAGAAACAAGAGAACAACAAAACGGCAGCUAAUGUAAAACCCCAUUUUAUAACUUUUAUCGUCUUUCACACGUGGAACAUACACAGUUUGGAACUUGAUUUCGUCUACUAUUGUAAGUACAUUAAAGAAAAGGAAACCACACAAAUACAAACCUAUUUGCUCGAACAUUUCCCGCAUAAGAACGCAAUGGUAUAUUUCUUUACAUUCCGAGACCGAGACUCGGUAGAGAAGAAAACAGAUCGAUGUUAUAUUUACACACUCACACACCCCAGUACACUUGGUAGUACACUUUCGUUCGGAAGGAUGUUUGUUGCUCUCCAAACACAACAGUUUACAACACAUCAUAAUAGAGCUCAAAUAGCAAUAGCCGCUAUACACAUAUAGAGACAGAGAGCAAAUUUCAAACUUUAAUGAAACAUCACCAAUAAAGAGAGCCACACCACCCAGGUAGAAUUAAUCCAGAAUGUGCAGUACUUACUCGUUUUGGAGCUAACAGUUUUAUCUCGUUUUAUCUCCAACAACAUCUGACCGUUGAAUCGCAAACACAAUAUGAAAAAUAUUGGCAUGAAAAAUCCCCAACCGCUAAUGCAUGGUAAAAGUGACGAACCCCGCGAAAGAGACAGCAGGAGAAAAGAGAAUUCGCAAGAAUACAGAAAAAAUAGCUUGAAAAAUUAAAAAAAAACUAAAUAGAAAUAUAUCAUAAACCUUCUGUGUCGUAUUUAUGCAUCA